UCACGCACGGAGAGAGAGAGGGAGAGAGAGAGAGCGAGAGAAAGGGGGAGAGAGAAGGGGGGAGACAGAUGCAGGUAUUAGUAGGAGGUGGGGAGAGAAGCGUAGAGACGGCUGUCCAGUGGGAAAAAGGAGCACACUGGUGGAGAUGCGUUGCGGUCCCGGCUGCUUUCUCCCCCCCAGACAGCACAUUACAGGAGCUUCUUAAUAGCAACGUAGACGCAGGUGUAUCCUCCUCUUCCUCAGACUUACUACCACCUAUCCCAGUUUCCCACGCGCCGGAGCCGGGACGACAACAGUAAGGUAGAUGAAUGCGCGCGGUGCGUCUCUGUCACGGUGCGCCGCUGUGAAUGGUGACGCCGGGUCCACAGCCAGCACAGAUGACCUAAAGCACACCGCUCCGGCUGCAUAAACACAAGGCUCAUCGAUCACCAUGGCUGACCAGUACAGUAUGUUUCUCACUACGGCGGCACCCCUCCGGCGAGGGAGCACGCCCGUGCCUGUCAAGCACCAGCUGAGGCGAGAGGAGGCCGUAUCCGACGACUGCGAUUGGAUACCUGGCCUGGAGGAGCCUACCACGUUGCCUAUCAGUGACACAGCGGUGCCUCGAGAUGACUCCUUCAGCCAGUCGGCGGCAGGACAGCAGACGUACCAGAGCCACGGAGGGGCACUCAGGAUAGUGCUGCUGGGACAGAACGGCGUGGGCAAGUCGUCGCUUGCCUUAUCCCUGGCUGGACAGUCGGACAGAUCGCUCUCUAUAGACUCUGAGACACAAGCUUGUGGUGAGGGCUAUGAGUGCACGGUGACAGUGGACGACGAGGACAGCAAAGUCAUUAUUUUUGACAACUGGAAACAGGACCUGUCCACUCUGCAGUGUGACGUGUGUAUCUUGGUCUUCUCAGUGACUGACAGGCGAAGUUUCCACCGCACCGCCCAGCUCCGCCUCCUUCUCAGGGAGUCCCAGCCGACAACCCCCAUCAUCCUGGUGGGCAACAAGAGCGACCUCGUCCGGUCCCGUGAAAUCAGUUCAGAGGAGGCCCAAUCCAGCGCCAUGAUGUUCGACUGCGUCUACCUGGAGCUCUCCGCCUCUUUAGAACACGGCACGAACGAGCUGCUGGAGGCGGCGGUGCGGACUGCAAGGGGCGACUGCGUGGGCCCCGGGUGGACGGACGGGGACCCGGCGGCGGGGCGCCGAGAGAGCCUGACGAGCCGAGCCAAGCGUUUCCUGGCCGGGCUGGUGCCUCGCUCGUACGGCCGGGACCGGGACCGAGGCCGCUACAGGGAAAUGAGCCGCCACCGGGGAAGCAAAAUCCUACGGCAGAAGUCCCGGUCCUGCCAUGACCUCAGUGCACUGUGACACACGAAAUCACAUAGAAAUAAAACACACUCCACAUUAACACAAAAAAAGAAAAAAGUUGAACAAUUGUUGGGAGGGGGGCGGAAGUUGGAAGAAAGUGGUGAAUCAGUGAAGACGAAACCAGAUGAUGUGCAGGAGGUAUGAUUGGAGGGUAGAACGGGGGAUAAAAACAGGUGAAAAAGUCAUAGAAAAAGGUGACUGAUUACAACAGACAGCCUGGAUCGCGGUACAACCAUCAGUGAAAGGCAAUUUUUGGACAACGGAUACGGAGGCGGACUGCCUUUCGGCUCUGGCUUCGGGUGAAUCAGCCAGCGCUCAUUACCUGAAAGGAUUGGGACAAAGAAAAUCAGCGGUGGACUCCGGGUGCUGAUUUAAAGCCUAAUGAGGUUCGACGGACGGCAUAAUGGCAACAGAAAUAAACACACACCCAGGUAGCACGUACUAAUGUAGAGACUUAUAGCAUUUGAUUAUGUAUACCUGUUAUAAACCGUUUUAUAGCAUGCAGAUUAGCAGAGACUACCCUAUAGGUUUUACAGCGACCCAAUUCUUGACUUUACAGUACCUCAGUGGCCAAUAGCUAAUGCACAAUCCCAAUAGUGUUUCAAACAAUGCCAGCCCAAAGGCAAGACUAUUGUUAUGUGUUCACACUGCAUCCAGCAUUUCUGUCCGUACUGCUUUCAAGGAUUGUUCGUUACCAACCAUAACAGUGGCGGUCGGUGUGUUCAUCUCAGACUUUUAUACCAGGUUAAAACAUCAGCAGUCAUAUCAGCCAUAUUGUUGCUGAAUGUGCCGUGGGCAGUCAGCACAGCAAACCCUUUACUGGAGGACGCGAGGCGAACAGUUAAAGAAAAGGCAAUAGCAAAUACGGCAAGACUGUAGUCUUCGAAUGACGCCGAGUCACAGAGACCACAGGGAGGCUCUUGGAGUGCGCGAGGACAAACACAAAACACAAAUCUACCUGUGGCUGUUUGAUGUUCUCUCUCUCUAUUCCAUUGUAUUUUUUCACGUUGCCCUUUGGAACUUCUACAUGCAUUCAGACUGUUUUUUUUUUUUAAAGGGGGUUAGACACAGAGGAGGCUCUGGAAACGUCGUCAGGACAUCUCCUCAAGCGUGCCGGCGUCACCGACACAUUCUCGCUCGUUUGUCACUGUCCACUGAGCACUCUCAUCCUCUCCACUGGGAAUAAAUACAGUUUGGUUUGACAUCUUUA